GUUUUUCUAAUAACAGAGUGGAAAGAAAGUGAGACGGGGAUAGUCACAGAGGGGGAGAAGAGCUAAACCAGGUGAAAAAGGAUGGGGUUAAAGUAAAGGAUCAGAAGAGAAAGAGGAAGAAUAGUUUGUCGUAGCAUGACUGCAAACUAGAAGCACAGCUGACGGGUAGAAGAGCGAGAAAGACGUGCUCCCAAUAAUGGCAAGCCUUCCCAAAGAGCCUCCCGAGGAUGCCAGGAAACAGAGUUUCUGGAUGCCAGGGAAUUAUGUACGCACAGUGCAUCGAACUGAACGGUCCUUCCAGGCAUGCAACGACAUAGUGACCUGCUUCAUGGAGAGAGCAAAGGUAGAAAAACAGUACGCCCAGCAGCUCAGCCAGUGGAGCAGCAAGUGGAAGUCCAUAGUGGAUUCUCGGCCACUUUAUGGCUCCCUCAUGAGAGCAUGGCAGUGUUUCUUCACCUCCACUGAGCGUUUGUCCGCGCUCCAUUCUUCCAUUUCGCAGUCGCUAACUUCAGAGGAGGGAGUCCGGGUGAAGACCUGGCAAAAGGAGACCUUUCCAAAGAAAAUCUUCUGCGGGUUCAGGGAGAGCUACGACACCAACACGAGUUUUUCACGUGCGCAGAAACCCUGGUCCAAGAAGCUUAUGAAGCUGGAGAAGGUUCGAGUUGCAUACCACAAGGCCUGUCAGAGGGAGCAAGCAGCUCUGGAGAAAGAAAAGCAAGCAAACGAAAACUCUGAGAUGAGCCAAGAGAAAAAGCAGAAGAUGACUGAGGCCAGAGAGAAGGCCACGGAGGAGAAGGAAAUGGCUAGAGAUAAAUAUGAGAAAAUCCUGGAGGACGUGUCGACCUACACACCUCGAUAUAUGGAGGAGAUGGAAGCCAUUUUUGAACAGUCGCAGGAAGAGGAGAGGAAGAGGAUCAGCUUUCUCAAGCAAGUCUUCCUGUCCAUCCAUAGACACUUGGAUGUCACCAACAAUGAGAGUGUCAAGGCAGUUUACAGUGAGCUCCACCAAACUUUAAUGGCCAUCGAUGAGCAAGAUGAUCUCAAAUGGUGGAAGAACAAUCACGGUCCAGGCAUGCCCACCGACUGGCCAAAGAUUGAGGAAUGGGUCCCACCAGUAAAAAAGCUCAAGCGAAAGAAGAGAGACCAAAAAGGAAAGGAGAGCAGACCUGUGAUGAUUGGGGGUGUGAAGGUGCGAGCUUUGUACGACUACGUGGGAGAGGAGGGUGAUGAGCUGUCCUUUAAAGCAGGUGAGGUAUUCCUGAAGGUCGAGGAAGAGGACGACCAAGGCUGGUGCCGAGGAGUACUGAGCAGCGGGAAGGAGGGGUUCUACCCGGCUAAUUAUGUUGAAGUUGCAGAGUGAUAUUAACACCGUUCAACAUAUUAUGCCCUGAACCUUUUUCUUACAAAGACUUGGUUUUCAAAUUCUUCAUAAAUACCACUUAUUUAUCGUCUAAGAUGUUGUCACACCGAUGUUGAGCUUGUGUCAUAUAGUAUCUGUUCCCAGCCAUUUUUUAAUGUUUUAAGGCCUUAAUAUUGAAACCCACUUGAUUAAAGUACAUCUUCAAUAUGAAUUAACUUAUGAGAGAAAAGAAUGUACUGUUUCUACUGAAUGUGCAUAUGUGUGAGUGUGUCUGCAUGUUAAGAGAAAACACAAGAAAAUAAGAGAAGAUAUUUAUUUACUGCCAUCAUGCCUCAGUCAUUAGAUCACUGUAAUACAGAUGAAGCUGAUAGUGAUUGUUGGGGUUUACACAAGUGCAAGUUUACAAUGAUGUGUGCAUGCAAUGCACAAGCGCAGAAAAUUGCUUGAUUGCAGGAGGAAUUAUCAAAAUAAAAGAAAUCUCUUCCUCUGUU